UACCAUUUAGCUAAGCUAAGAAUGACGGGUAUAAUCAAGUCAAUAAACKUUGGGUAGUUAGAUAGUCUAUUGUUAAUAUACUGGCAAGUUUGAUGUAUAAGUAGCCAAUUAACGUUAGGUAGCUAGCUAACAUACUGGUACAUACUGCUGUAAUGAUGUGGUUCGUAAGGAAUGCGCAGCUAACAAAUGGUCAGCCAACAUAACGUGUAAGGUAGGCUACAGUCAAUGUGUGGUGCUGAUGAACAGCGUCAAACAAUGUCCCCCUCCCUCAAACACAAGAAUAACUUCUCCCGAGUUUUCACCCCCUCGCCUUGGACCAGUCCGAAACAGAACAUCAUGGCGAUUGAUGGUGGUGGUGGGAGGAGCUGUGGGGUGCAUGAGCUCAUCUGUGCCAGACGAGUGUCUCCUGAGCUGCUAGGGGUCCUGUCCUCCAUUGCAGCCUUCAUGGGCCUGAUGGCUCUCUUUUUUCUUUACCUCAGCAACAAGCUGUCAGUGGAGAGCACAAGCGACCUGUCAUGUCUAGACGACUAUAGGCCCGACCAGCAAGACAGUGGAGAAGGACAGCAGCCCCAGCCAUCAGCGAAUCCAACCAACAUGGCGUUCUUCAAGAGCUUCGGUCAGAACCUACCAUCGGUCAGCAUCUCCUCCAUCUUGGAUUCAGUCAGCAGCAGAGUGGACGACCUAGCCAGCGCUGUCACUGAUGCCACCUACAGCGUCAGUGACCAGCUGACCGAGCUCAGCGACCAGGUCAUCAAGAAGGUGCAGACAGAGGAGGAGGAGGCUGCAGAUGCGGCAGAGGGGGGCCCGGACAGCAAGGAAGGGAAGGCCCAGGAAGGGAUGGCCGAGUCAGUGAGGASCAAAAUCAAGCGGCAGGCUUCUGAGGCCUGCUCAAGCCUAACAGACUACAGCUCCAAGCUUAACCAAUCCAGUGACUAUGGUUUGAAGAACAACCAAUCGAGUGAAGUGACCGCAGAUGACUAUGUUCCAGCCCACUUGGAAUGGGUGUGGAAAGACGGAGGCUGGCGAGCCGUAAAACCAGGGGAGAGUUCUGCGGGGGACAAGGAACCAGAAGAAAAAAGGAAGGAGGAGGAGAAGAAUAAGGAGGAGAAGGAGAAGAGGAAGGCAGAUAAAGAGAAGAAGAAGGAGGAGGAAAGGCUGAAACAGGAGGAGGAGAGGCUGAAACAGGUGGAGGAAAAUAAAAAUAGUCAUGGGGAGACAAUCAAGGAAGAGCCUAAAGAUAUAGAAACCAGCUUGUCACCUAAAGAGAACCACACUACUUGUCAGGACAAAGAGGGCCAGAAAGAGGACAAAUCCAAUGGGCUCCACCAGAGUGACGACCAUAGCGAUCCACCACAGUCUCCUUGCCCUGAGGAAGACUCGAGAGCAUCCAAAAAGAAAAAGAAGGGGGAAGCUGAAGAGGAGGAGAACGAGGUGAGCCCUGAGGGAGAUGGAGAGCAGAACGAGACUGAAGGAGCUAUAUCUCCCGCUUCUGAGGGAAAGAAGAAAGAGCGUGACAAGAAGAAUAAGAAGAGGAAAGGGAAGAAAGAGAGCAAGAAGAAGAAGAGAGGGGAUAAAGACCAGAGCUGCCCAGAACGUGGCUCUGAGGAGGAUAGUGAGGAGGACAUACCAGGGAGACACUCUGAACCCUCAGCCCAGCACAGAGCCUCAGUCUGGGAUAACAGACAGAAACACACCAGCGAUCACAGCAGUGAAGCCUCCAUUGGACAAACCAACAAUAUCCAGAGGAUGAGACGGGGCUCUCCCCUCAACGAGAACCAGCCUCCCCCGUAUCAGGACGAGGAUAGACCGGUCCGGGUGUCUCUCUCACGGUCGGAGGUAGGGGGCCUGGGGGAGUCGAACCCUGACGGCAAUGGUACAAGGCGCUCCAGCAAGGCCAGCGUUGACCAGGACACUGCGAGUUACCUCAACAAGGGCUAUGAUGAGGAUGUACCUAGUGACAGCACUGCCGUCCUGGGACCAGAGGAUGGUUCACCCUCCCAGCUCCCCGGUGGCUAUGAGCCCGAGCCACUGGCUAAGUACGGCACGCUGGACGUGGCCUUCGAGUAUGACUCGGGCAAGCAACACCUCGCCGUCACUGUUACUGCGGCAACCGACAUCCCCGUGCUCAAACAGACAGGCAACAUCGCGUGGCAGGUACACCUGGUAUUACUGCCCACUAAGAAGCAGCGGGCCAAGACGGGGGUGCAGAGGGGGCCGUGCCCAGUGUUCACAGAGACCUUCGGCUUCUCCCGGGUGGAGCAGGAGGCACUGGCGGACCACGCCGUCCGGUUCCGYCUCUACAGCAUCAGGAGGAUGAAGAAGGAGAAGGUGUUGGGCGAGAAGGUUUUCUAUUUGACUAAACUCAACCUGCAGGGCAAGAUGGCGCUGCCCGUUACACUGGAGCCUGGCACUGCACUAAUGGGCUGUGGGUCGUUGGUGAGUGUGUCCCGUAGUGCAGGGGCUCUGUCCUACCGUUCCAACGGGGACUCCACACCAGAAAUUCUACUGGGCCUCAUCUACAACGCCACCACUGGUAGGCUCUCUGCAGAGGUCAUCCAGGGCAGCCACUUCAAAAACACAGCCUCAGACAAACCUCCCAGUGGUCUGUUUUGUUGUAUGAAACAGUUCAUAGGGGGACAACUUUACAUCAUGAGAGACACCUAUGUGAAGCUGACCAUGCUCGACUCCAAGGGCUUGGAGAUGUCCAAGUGCAAGACGUCAGUUUGCCGCGGCCAGCCCAACCCCACUUACAAGGARACCUUUGUCUUCCAGGUGGCCCUCUUCCAGCUGUCCGAGGUCUCGCUGGUGGUGUCCGUGUACAGCCGGAGGAGCAGCAUGAAGGCCAGGGAGAGGGUGGGCUGGGUGUCCCUGGGGCUCAACAGCACCGGAGAGGAGCAGCAGGCCCACUGGAGCCAGAUGAAGGAGGCCGGGGGACAGCAGGUGUGCCACUGGCACGCGCUCUUGGAAUCUUGAACAGGUCUUAAUGAGAAUCACAAGAUAUCAUCUCAAUGACAUAGGAGGAGAAUUAUUAUGGGGUAUCUUGAUCUCGGUGUUGAAAGGGGAUUGGUUCCUUGACCUUCCGUCAGAUGGAGACGAGGAACCAUCUACCAUUGCUAUGCAUAUGAACCUGGAAUGGGAUGUGUGUGAGGGUGCAGCGCUAUGAGAGGCAGGUGGAUUCCACAUGGAGUCUCUGUUCAUUAAGUGCUGCUUUAAAUACCCUUUCAUAUGUAAAACAGCCACUUGACCUGAGAAAGACAGACUGGUUCUAAGCAAUGACUUCCUGCUCCUGUCAUGAUCAAUGGGGACUGAUCUUUUAAUACAACAGCUGAUAGACCUCAGUUAUGAACUGAUCCUGAAAUAGACGAAACUGCUACUGAAAUGAACACAGCUGGUCCGGAAAUGGACCAUUYAGUCUCAGAUUGAGGCCAAUUUUGUGUAAUUCAUUUCCCAUAUUCUGGUCCAUAAUAAUAUUUUUGCAUGUAAUUGUUUACAGAAGAUGAUCAAAAUACGACCAUWCAUAUCUCGUACAAUGGACCAUUUUCAUCCUGAACCGAGGACCAAAGAGUGUGUGGAAGAACAACGACCAAAACAAGCCAGCCCCCUCACAUUCUUCUGGAGUUGUACUGGCCAUAGAAAUAGAAUUACAAGAAAGGGAAAAGCCCCUCAGACCACUGCAAUUUAAAUGAUACAAUCAUGGAUUCACUCAAUAUGGCCGACAUGGUAAUUCUAUUUCUAAUGGUACUGACUUCAAAUAACACCAGCAUCAGUCAUUUCUCAACUGAUGCUCKCAGCCAUUGGUAACAGGUAUGAUGCAAUGGAAGACUGUUACCAUGACUGUUAAAGCCAGCUGGGCCUGUAACCUGCUGCAACAACUAUGCUACCGAGCUAUGCUUAUUUUUACACUUUGUUACAUUCACAUGACAUUAUGCAACAUCCAUUUGACUGAUUUGUAAUUUUUUGUUUAAUAUUUGGGSUUUCUUUUUACAGCUGUUUCAUCUCCCGUUAUAAUACCGUGUAUUUUCGUGUGUGCAUGUGUUCAAGAACACAAAAAUACAUCUUCAGAGUGGCCUUGCAUCAUCUGAAUCACAUUUAGCAUCAUUUGAGAAAAGAAAAACUGUAUUUGUUUUGUGGCUCACUGAAUCAAACAACUCUGGAGCCCAUACCAUCCUUAUAAAAGACCUUUCACGCAUUACAUAUUCGAAGCCUUGACCUUUUCGUGUUACAGCCUGAAUUUCAAAUGGAUUAAAUAGAUUUUUUUUGUCACUGGCCUACACACAA